AAGGAUGCUCCCAUGUUUGUAGUUGGUGUCAAUGAGAAGGAUUACAAACCGGAUCUUAACGUUGUCUCUAAUGCCAGCUGCACUACCAAGUACCAACUGUCUUGCCCCAUUGGCUAAGGUUAUCCAGGACAAAUUUGGUAUUGUUGAGGGUCUUAUGACUACUGUUCACUCCAUUACCGCUACCCAAAAGACUGUUGAUGGGCCAUCAAUGAAGGACUGGAGAGGUGGUAGAGCAGCUUCCUUUAAUAUCAUUCCCAGUAGCACCGGAGCUGCUAAGGCUGUUGGAAAAGUUUUACCAUCAUUGAAUGGAAAGUUGACUGGAAUGGCUUUCCGUGUUCCCACUGUUGAUGUUUCCGUAGUUGAUCUCACUGUGAGACUGGAGAAAAAAGCUACUUAUGAUGAUAUCAAGAAUGCUAUCAAGGAGGCAUCCCAAGGACCCAUGAAAGGAAUUCUUGGUUACACUGAAGAUGAUGUUGUCUCAACUGAUUUUGUGGGUGACAGCAGGAAAAUGAUGGGUGCAUACCCGGAUCCCACACUCAGGUCAAGCACUUUUGAUGCCAAGGUUGGAAUUGGUUUGAAUGACAAUUUUGUGAAGCUUGUCUCGUGGUAUGACAAUGAAUGGGGUUACAGCUCACGUGUUGUUGACUUGAUCUGCCACAUGGCUUCAGUUAAAUGAUUGGCUUUGGAGUUGUCAACUCUAUCAGCUUAGCAUGAAGUUUAGUUUGUAUUGAGGAUUAAGGAAUAGUUAUGACCUUAUGGGAAUUAUUGAGUUGUUUUUUGAAUCUUUUCAAUGAAUUAUCUUAUCAUAG